CGCGCUGACGUCAGCGGGGCGGGAUGCGGGCUGAGAGCGGACGGCGGCCCGCACCUUGCGGUUGUGAGGAAUCCGACAGCAGCAGCCGGAGCGGGCGUGACGGACCGACCAGGGCAUAAACUCACAGCCUCCCCGACAUGGCGGCCACUACCAUCGCCACCCAGAGAGGCCCGGUGUUCAUUGGAGAAUUGCCUCAAGAUUUCCUUCGCAUUGUACCAACACAGCAGCAGCAACAAGUACAACUUGAUGCACAGGCAGCUCAACAAUUACAGUUUGGAUCAGAUGCAGCUACCAUGGGCAGACUAAGCAUCACAGUGGUACAGGCAAAACUGGCAAAAAACUAUGGAAUGACACGCAUGGAUCCGUAUUGCAGAAUGCGUCUUGGAUAUGCUGUAUAUGAGACACCUACAGCUCACAAUGGGGCAAAAAACCCAAGAUGGAACAAAGUUAUACAGUGCACUGUGCCACCUGGGGUUGAUUCAUUUUAUCUAGAGAUAUUUGAUGAGCGAGCUUUCUCCAUGGAUGACAGAAUUGCCUGGACUCACAUAACUAUCCCAGAAUCGCUAAAAGAAGGGAAAGUGGUGGAUGAAUGGUACAGCCUUAGUGGGAGACAGGGUGAUGACAAAGAAGGAAUGAUUAACCUUGUUAUGUCAUAUGCAACACUGCCACCAAAUAUGUUGGUCCAACCACAGCCAGUAGUGCUGAUGCCUACUGUGUAUCAACAGGGAUUAGGAUAUGUGCCAAUUACAGGGCUUGAGUAUUUUGCACUGGGUGUGCCAACUGUCUACACACAAGGAAUGAUCCCCGUUGGAGCACCAACACAGAUUUCUGCUCCACAAAGUUUGUACAGUGAGGAAGAUCUGAAAUCCAUUCAGGACAUGUUCCCCAACAUGGACAGAGAAGUGAUCCGCUCAGUGUUGGAAGCACAGGCAGGCAACAAGGAUGCAGCAAUUAAUUCCUUGCUUCAGAUGAAUGAAGAAUCGUAGAAUAUGUGCAGUCAAUGUUGCCAAGACCCCAUCAUAACCUAAGUAUUUCUGCAUCAAAGACUUUGAGCUUUCUCUCUGCAGAUAUAUCUGGUUUAAGAAUGCACGUGUCCAGUAAUCAGCACAUUGUACAAAGUUUGUAACUGUAUUAAACAUGAAAAGCAUUCCAUAAUCUUAGUGCAUAUGUUUAAGAUCAGAAAUGCAGAUGAAAUUGCCUUGUGCAUAUUGCUUAUUGGAAGGUUCCCCACAGAGCUUUAACUUGAUGCUUAUGUUUUUGCAAUGGGCCUGUCAUGUAUUCUGCAGCAUUAUGUGUACAUUGUUCAGCUGUCAAAUGCUUUAACUGACAAUUGUUAUGAGUUUAUUUAAAAUGUAUAUUAGUUGGAAAUAUACCAUUGAGUUAAAUAGUCAUCUUAAUUACUUACAACUGCCACAAUAAAGCAAAAUUGUUUGGGGAUGGGGAUUGAAUGGUAGUGGGGAAAUUAAAACUUGUGAAUGGGGCACCUUGGUCGGCCAAGGCACUUUGGGCCAAAGAGCCUAUUUCCAUGUUCAUGACUCUAAAUCCUAAAAUCAGUGAAGAACUUCAGUAAACAACCCCACAGCCUUGUAACACACAUCUGAAGAUGCUGUAAUAAUAGAAGUCUCAAAGGAGAUAAGCUUGACUAGUAAUUAGAGGGUUCUCUCUGCAAGCCUUAUAAGGAGUCAUUAUCAGGAUCCUCAACUGUUUGCUCAAGAAUAGGUCCCCAAACCACAACAUAAUUUAGUGAAUUCACCAUCUAACAACUCCAAGGGAAAAUGCAGGGAGCUGCACUAUUGACUAUAAAUUGCCCUUUGCAUCCAAUCACAGGAGUUACUCCCACCCCCCAGUUACAUUGCUCACUUUGUACUCAUUUCCCAUUACCAAGUCCCUCAUUUCCCUUUUAUCCCCCUCUCACCUCACCCCUUCCACCCAUAUCCCACUUGCUUUUAUAUUUCACACUGACUGUUUCGUUUCAUUUUUACCCUCUAGUUUUUGUCACUUACGCCACCCGUAUGCCAAGCAAACUCUUCACACCGAUAUCCACCUAUCAUUUGCCAAGCUUUGUCCUACCGAUAUUUUCACUUUCUCUCCUCAACUAAGGGUCGGUCUAUUCACUCCACAGAUGUUGACUAGCUGAGUUCCUCCAGAACUUUGUCUUAUGCUCAAAGGACGCAAUGCUAGAGCAAUGAGAAUCAGACUGUGGGGAGGGGUGGGGGAAAGAACAAAGCUGGAAAAGAAGAGAGGUAGGACAAAGCAUAGCAGUAAUAGCUAGACAUAGGUUGGGCACAAGUGUUUUACCUAGUCUGUGCUUGGUCUUGCCAAUGUACAGGCGGCCACAUUGAGAACACAAGAUGUAGAUUAAGUUAGAGGAGGUGCACUUGAACCCGUCUCACCUGGGGGAACUGCUUCUUAUCGAGUCCACAUCCACAAGAUUAGAAAUUGUUCAGCCAGAGCUGAACACGCUUCUCAGCAUCUGCAUACACUGGCGUCUUGUGAUUCUUGGUGGAAAGAGGGCUGCGAUGUGAACACUCUUUCCUUGACCCCGGGAGAACUGCUGGGGUCCGUGAAUGGAGGUGAGGAACAAGGAAUAGGGACAGGUGUUACAUCUCCUGCGUAUGCAGGAGGAAGUACCUGGGGCGGGGAUGGUUUGAGUGGGAAGGGAUGAAUGAACCAAGGAGUUGCAGAGGGUGUGGCCUCUGCAGGUGGACAGGGGUGGUGAUUGAUGGGAUCAAGUUGGAGGUGACAGAAAUGUCAGACUAUGAUAUGUUAAAUGCAGACACUGGUGGGGUGAAGAGCGAGGACCAGGGCAACUAUUUGGGAGAGGGUAUAAGAGCAGAAGUAUGGGAUAAAAGAGAUGCCGGUGAGGGAAUCAUCAAUAACAGAAGGGGAGAAACUAAAGAAAGGGGACAUUUUGGAUGUCUUCGAAUGGAAAGUCUCAUCUUUGGAGCAGAUGCGGUGGAGGGAGAGGAUUUGAGCAUAGGGAAUGGCAUCUUUGCAAGAGGCAGGGUGGGAGACUAGUUUUACAUUAAGUCUUUGUUUCUACUUGUCAAAUUUGUGAUUUGUGUCCAGGACUCGCAGGAACACUUUAAAGGCAUGAACACCUCAAAAAUUCCACGAUAUAUCCCAUCGGUCAUGUGCUUGCCCAUUCACUUAACCUAAUCUUUUUAAAACCCUCUAUAUCUUCACAGAACUCAAUAGUACUACUCAAUUUGCACAUUCGAUAGUACCUGCCUCAACUACCUCCUUCGGCAGCACAUUCCAUAUACCCACCACCAUUUGUGUAAAAACGUUACCCUUCAGGUUCCUAUUUAAAUCUUUGCCCUCUCACCUUAAACCUAUGUCCUCUGGUUAAGAAACUGCAUUUACCCAAUUAAUCCCUCUCACGAUUCUUUCUCCUGCGCUCCAAGGAAUAGAGUUCUAUCCUGCCCAACCGCUCCCUUUAAGUCCUGGCAAUAUGCUCGUAAAUCUUCUCUGCACCCUUUCCAGCUUGACAUCUUUCCUAUAACGGAGCUAAAAACUGAACACAAUACUCUAAAUGUGGCCUGACCAAGGUAUUAAAUCAACUGUAAAAUGACCCCAACUUCUAUAUUCAAUACUCUGGCUGAUGAAGGCCAAAGUGCCGAAAGCCUUUUUGACUACCCCAUCUACCCACCACCUUCAAGAAAAAAUGGACCUGGACUCUUAGAUUGCUCUGCUUUACAACAUUCUCUAGAGUCCUACCAUUCACUGUGUAUGUCCUGCCCAUGUUGAGAUUCCCCAAAAUGGAACACCUCACAAUUCUCCGUGUUAAAUUCCAUCAACAUUUCUCAGCCCAACUGAUCAAGAUCCUACAGCAAUUUUUGAUAACCAUAUUUACUAUCUAUAUUACCACCCACUUUUGCAUCAUCUGCAAACUUGCUAAACAUACCAUGCAUAUUCUCAUCCAAAUCAUUGUUAUAGAUGACAAACAGCAAUGGGCCCAACACUGAAACCUGAGGAACACCAAUAGUCACAGGCGUCCAGUCUGAAAAAUAACCUUCCACCAUCACCCUCUGCUUCCUUCCAAUAAACCAAUUUUCUAUCCAAUCAGCUCUCUCUCCUUGGAUCUCGUGCGUUCUAACCUUCCAGAGCAGCCGAUCUUUUGGAAUGCCUCGCUAAAAUCCAUAUAUACGCCUACAACUUUGCCUUCAACAACCUUUUUGGUCACAUCAUCAAAAAACGCAAACGGAUUCAUGAGACAUGACGUUGCACAUACAAAACCAUGCUGUCUAUCCCUAUUCAGCCCUUGUCCAUCUAAACGCAUGGAUAUUGUGUGAACACCCAGAAGAACAAGGGAACUCAGGAGCCAAAGGCAUAAACUGGGUUAACUAAUUGACAUAAAUAUUAUGAAAACAAGAUAUUAUGAACAAAGUUCCAGCACCUGAAAUGACCAAGAACUUCACGUUCACAAAUCCACUUGGGUUCAUUAGCAUUUAUUAAUCCAACAGAGCAAUAAUCGUUCAAAUUCACAGCUUGGUCUGAGGCAAGAGUGGAGGAGGGUUGGUGUUUGUGAACUCUUCUUUCUUGGCUAUCAAAUUUAACCAUACCCGAGGCAAAUGAAUUUUAUUGGGCAAAAGCCUUUUCUCUUUAAUGCUCUUCUUAACUUAUUUUAAUUUUCUAUGCAUCUGCAUCCAGCUUUUAGCAGUUUGACAAUUGUUAAAAAUGUUGCAUUAAAAACCAGACUGGAAAGGUAAAUUAAGAAAUAUUAAGACUUUCCAAGAUUUAAAAUCAAUUCAACAAUAUUGGUAGAUAAUUUGGUAGCCAAAUAAUUCAUUGUGUGUAAAUAGAAAACAUCAGCUAAAAUUGUUGAUGACAAUAAUUUAGUUAUAACUUUUCAGAAAACUACCUAAAGGAAACAUUCAAAAUAAAAGAUUUCUGAAGAGUGGAA